CAAGGGACACAAUUUCCGUGUUGUUUUUGUUUGUAAAGAAGUUGGCAACGCAAUCAUUCUCGAAAGCAGUCAUAUUCUCUCUCUUUUUACUGGACACAAGAUACUCUUUAUAAUACUGCAGAGUGGUCAUCUAACCACAGAGUAGUUCACCUUUCAAGCACAUGUAGGUCCCAAGCUGUAUCAUGGAGAGAAAUUCGAAAACAGAGUGCUGGAGUUGGAAGAUUGCCUAUUCGGUUCUUGAUGGUUUGAAGCGUUGUUACGACAGUGAUGCAUUUACUGACACUGAGAUUGAGGUUGAUGGAACAAACUUCCGAUGCCACAGAGUUGUACUGUGUGCUAUUUCCGACUACUUCCAGGCAAUGUUUACAUCGGGCAUGAAGGAAAGUCUAGACGGAAAAGUUCGCUUGGCAGGUAUUUCCAGCAAGAUUUUUCAGGACGUGUUGACUUUCUAUUAUCAAGGAGCCUGUUAUAUUAUCCAUGCGGAUAAUGUUGAAGACAUGUUGAGGGCUUCGACUCUUCUUCAAAUGAAGUGUUUGCAAAAUUACUGUGAAGACUUCUACACAGAUCAGCUCUCGGUUGACAAUGCAGUUGGAAUUUGGAAGCUGGCAAAAUGUUUGCACUGCGAAUGCAUGUUCAAGAAGUCUUACAGGUUCAUUCUAAGACACUUCAGUGAAAUUUUCAAAGCCGGAGAAAUCAUGUUGCUGGAAAUUGAUGAACUACUCCUGUUCCUCUCGGAUAAUGAUCUGCGACUUCCAGAUGAAGAUGCAGUGGCUGAAAUAGCGCUGCAGUGGAUUGAGCACGACUUCAACAGGAUCGUCCAUCUGCAGCAGAUCUGCCGGUGUCUGCGUCUGCCACUUCUGUCAGAUGAUCUACUUGAAAAGAUUCUUUCAUUUGUCAGUAAAGAUAAAAACAAUCUCUUGGAAAUAAUUGAACCCAUCUUGUGUGAGAGGACGAAAAGAUCAGAACAGACAUCCUUAGAUAAUGUUAGUCUGAGAAAUUUUGAAGAGGUGUUGGUUGCUUUAGGAGUGAGAACGACCGCUGGCCUGCAGCCGUCUGCCAAUGCCUACAGCUUCAUCCAAAAGCAGUGGUUUGGUUUAGAGCCUCUCCCAUUUGAUCCCGGUGUCGGCUUUGCAGUGUGCACUUACGAAAAUGACAUAUAUGUGUCGGGUAGAUCUGGAAGAGAGACCUACCUGAUAAGAUAUAACAGUGAAAUAAACCAGUGGUUGGAUUGUCCAGAAAUGUUGGUAAAACGAUGUUACCACGAAAUGGUUCCAGAUGAGGGAUCUCUCUACAUUAUUGGUGGAUGCAACAAGCAUCAGGGUGCAUUGACUGGUGUUGACGUUUACAGUGUUGCACAGUGUUCAUGGCAGCACUUCAGUGACCUUUUGUUUGGGGUUUAUUCCACAUCAGCUGCAAUCAUUGGUAAAACACUGCUAGUGUUUGGUGGAAGAGGUACACUGAACAGACAGACUCAGGAAGUUCAAAUUAUGGACAUUGAAAAUGGAACUGCUAGUAUCGCCACGUACUUGCCCUCACCGACAUCAGAAAGCAGGACUUUGGUGAUCGAAGAUGAGAUUUUUAUUGUCUUCACAAACGGUGUCAUCAUGAGAGUUUUUGAAGAUGGUUCCUUGUUCCCGUACACAAAAAUCCCUAACUUUGACAGGUAUAACUUUGGUGUCUUUCUGCACAAAGGACGUCUAGUUGUUGCUGGAGGAGAGACCCGGUAUCCAUCUAGUACAGAGUCAUUUGAUGACAUGAUCAGGGUGGACAUCAUAAGUGAUGAGAACAUACCCAAGAAAACGAGAACGUUACUUCACACGCUUUACAGGAAAGCAAACAUGUUUGGUUGUCAGAAGAUUCUCUUACAUCGAGCAUUUCUUAAUUUACCUAUCACAUCUGAAGAGAUGUAAAAUGCUGAGAUUUCAAAGAGUGUCAUGGACAUGAGUCUAGUCCAGGAUUCAGCUAUCCUAUGCCUGUUGUCUUAUGUGAUAAACAUCUGAGUAUCUGUCUUUGACUGGUAUCACACCUGGCUCAUUUUAUAUGGCAACUAAUCAUAAUGUAUAAGAAAAAAACUUGUUUUAGUUGUACAAGUGCAUAUUUUUUAAGGACUAUCAGAGUUUGAUUAUGUUUUCAUUUAAAGCAUGUUUGUAGAUUGUUGGAUUUUUUUAAACAUUAAAAUUAUUUUAUCUA